UCUACGUUUGCGGUCCAUUAUUACAAACUUUUUAUGAACGUGAGUUGAUUACUUUUGUGCUUAAUUACUUUCCUUACUUCCAUGAUUCGUGUAGAGACUCUAAGGGCAAUGACUCUCUCCUCUAAGCUCAAAUCUUUCCGUUCUCGAUUUUUCUCCUCACAUGAUAAGGCCAAAGAGAAGGCUUUGAUGAAGCAAGAAUUGUUGAAUCCUCUCUCUUAUUCUUCACCAAACUACGACGAGGCGAUUCAAGAGAAUUUUAAGCCACACUGGAUCAUUGGGAUUGACCCUACCUUGUCCGGAGCUUUGGCUGUGCUGAAAUUCGACGACAAGGGAUCUUGUUCUGCUCAGGUAUAUGAUACUCCUCGGCGGCAAGUUGUAGUUCAAAAUAUCCCAAGAUCUCGUUUCAAAGAAAAAUCAAUGCUAGAACUGAUUCGUACUCUAGAUGUUCCAUCCGGAACCAAGGCAUUUGUAGCGAAAAUGAUUCUCUAUGAAGACGACAAUAUCAUGGCUGCCUACAAUGCAGGACUUGGAUAUGGAUUAUGGACAGGAAUACUUCUCACAUCUAACAUUUCUGUUAGUUCCGUUGCUCCUUCGACAUGGAAGAAACAUUUUAAACUUAGUAUUUAUAGCCGGGAUGGUGGCAGGAAACUCGCAUUGAAAAUGUUUCCAUCACUUAGUUCCCAAUUGACAAGGAGAAGGGACUAUGCUCGAGCUAAUGCACUACUCAUUGCUGCAUAUGGUCAUGCUACAAGUGAAACAAAAUAUUACUCAUUUUCUCAAAUUUAGUGACAUAUCUAAAAUAUCUGAAAAUGAGUAAUAUUUUGGCUGGUUUCAUUUAUAUGUAUAUUGCCUCUCUCUUCUUCCUUUGGCUUUGAGAAAAUUCUUCACUAAUUAAUUUGCAAAACAGUAUUUUUGAUU